UGGAGGAGGGCCCUGCGAGUGAUGUCAGGUCACCUCCAGGUUCAUUUUCAUAGAUCCCUGCAGCCUCCGCUUGGGAGUUAUGUUUGGUGACUGAGAGCAGCGCUACCAAAUUGCACCGGGGUUGAUUUGGGGGCUGGGAAUUGGCCAUUCCGCUGUACAGACACUGAUUUUUUUAAAAGCAAGAUUUUAGGUGAUGGGAAGAUCAGAAAGUCAGAUGGAUAUAACUGAUAUCAAUACUCCAAAGCCAAAGAAGAAACAGCGAUGGACUCCACUGGAGAUCAGCCUCUCUGUCCUUGUCUUGCUCCUGACUAUCAUAGCUGUGACCAUGAUCGCCCUUUAUGCAACCUAUGAUGAUGGAAUUUGUAAAUCAUCAGACUGCAUAAAAUCGGCUGCUCGACUGAUCCAGAACAUGGAUGCCUCCGCUGAGCCAUGUACAGACUUCUUCAAAUACGCCUGCGGAGGCUGGUUGAAACGCAAUGUCAUACCCGAGACCAGUUCCCGAUACAGUAAUUUUGACAUUUUAAGAGAUGAGCUAGAAGUCGUUUUGAAAGAUGUCCUUGAAGAACCCAAAACAGAAGACAUAGUAGCAGUUCAGAAGGCAAAAACCUUGUACAGGUCUUGUAUGAAUGAGUCUGCUAUUGAUAACAGAGGUGGACAACCUUUACUCAAACUGUUGCCAGAUAUAUACGGGUGGCCAGUAGCAUCAGAAAACUGGGACCAGACUUACGGUACUUCUUGGACUGCUGAGAAAGCUAUUGCACAACUGAAUUCUAAAUAUGGGAAAAAAGUCCUCAUUAAUUUUUUCGUUGGCACUGACGAUAAGAAUUCUACCCACCAUAUAAUUCAUUUCGACCAGCCUCGACUUGGCCUCCCUUCCAGAGACUACUACGAGUGUACUGAAAUAUAUAAAGAGGCUUGCACAGCCUAUGUGGAUUUUAUGAUUUCUGUGGCCAGACUGAUUCGUCAGGAAGAAGGAUUGUCGAUUGACGAAAACCAGCUCUCUUUGGAAAUGAAUAGAGUUAUGGACUUGGAAAAAGAAAUUGCCAAUGCUACAACUAAACCUGAAGACCGAAAUGACCCAAUGUUGCUUUACAACAAAAUGACUCUGGCUGAGCUCCAAAGGAAUUUUUCUCUAGAGAUUAACGGGAAGCCAUUCAGCUGGUCAAAUUUCACAAAUGAAAUCAUGUCAACUGUGAAUAUUAAUAUUCAAAAUGAGGAAGAAGUGAUUGUUUAUGCUCCAGAAUAUUUAACCAAACUUAAGCCUAUUCUUACCAAAUAUUCUCCCAGAGAUCUACAGAAUUUAAUGUCCUGGAGGUUCAUAAUGGAUCUUGUAAGAAGCCUCAGCCGAAACUACAAGGAGUCCAGAAAUGCUUUCCGCAAGGCCCUUUAUGGCACUACAUCAGAAACAGCGACAUGGAGACGGUGCGCUAACUAUGUCAAUGGGAAUAUGGAGAACGCUGUAGGGAGGCUUUACGUGGAAGCAGCGUUUGCUGGAGAGAGCAAACAUGUGGUUGAAGAUCUGAUUGCACAAAUCCGGGAAGUUUUUAUUCAGACUUUAGAUGACCUCACCUGGAUGGAUGCUGAAACAAAAAAGAAAGCUGAAGAAAAGGCCUUAGCAAUUAAAGAAAGGAUUGGUUAUCCUGAUGACAUCAUUUCUAACGAUAACAAGCUGAAUAAUGAGUAUCUUGAGUUGAACUACACGGAAGAUGAGUACUUUGAGAACAUAAUCCAAAAUCUGAAAUUCAGCCAAAGCAAGCAGCUGAAGAAGCUCCGAGAAAAGGUGGACAAAGAUGAGUGGAUAAGUGGAGCGGCUGUAGUCAAUGCGUUCUACUCUUCUGGCAGAAAUCAGAUAGUCUUCCCUGCUGGCAUUUUGCAACCCCCGUUCUUUAGUGCCCGGCAGCCCAACUCACUGAACUAUGGGGCCAUCGGCAUGGUCAUCGGACAUGAGAUCACACAUGGCUUUGAUGACAAUGGAAGAAAUUUUAACAAAGAUGGAGACCUCGUGGACUGGUGGACUCAGCAGUCUGCAAAUAAUUUUAAAGACCAAUCCCAGUGCAUGGUGCACCAGUAUGGCAACUUCACGUGGGACCUAGCAGGUGGACAGCAUCUCAAUGGAAUUAAUACACUGGGAGAGAACAUUGCUGAUAAUGGAGGUAUUGGCCAAGCAUACAGAGCCUAUCAGAAUUAUGUUAAAAAGAAUGGUGAAGAAAAAUUACUCCCUGGAAUUGAUCUAAGUCACAAACAACUAUUCUUCUUGAACUUUGCCCAGGUGUGGUGUGGGACCUACAGGCCAGAAUAUGCAGUCAAUUCCAUUAAAACAGACGUACACAGUCCCGGCAACUUCAGGAUUAUUGGGACUUUGCAGAACUCUGUGGAGUUUGCAGAUGCCUUUCACUGCCGCAAGAAUUCAUACAUGAAUCCAGAAAGGAAAUGUCGGGUUUGGUGACCUUCACAAGAAGCAGAGCAUCCAUGGCGUGACUUGUUAAAACCACAGACACAGGAACUCUCCCUUCAGAGAAAUCGGGCCUGGGAAGUUUCUGCAGCUACUUGGGGGCAGUUCACAAAGAUGAGCACAAGCUAACAUACGUGAAAUUAGAUUGUUAAAUCCACUGUGAAUGGAAGGGGGUGGUAGCCUAAGGUCUGUCAAAUCAAUCACUUCACUGUGUAAAUAGUGCUUACUUUCAAUGGCAGGAUUACUGUUCAUUCUGUUUCUCUUACAGACAGCAAGUCCAAUGCUGUCCGUAGAGAACAGUGUUAACUCUUGAGGCAGAGUACAACUUCCGACCCGAGGGAGGAAGAUGUUGAAUGCGGCUGGGCACCAGGGCACAGCAAUGAUUUGCCUGGCCAGUCACUUUUGUUUGCAUUCAUGUUCCUUCAAAGCGCUCCCAAAGAACUCCCAUGCAUAGCGUGGCCUUAAGGCUUAUGGAGUUUUGAACUCGUUUUACCAUACAUAAGUUAUUCAUUCGCUCAACAUCAUUCUUGUUUAAGCACUCUUAUGGUAAAAGUGAGUAUCUGAAACUCUUCCCCAUCUUAUCCACUUUAACGACGUUGAGAUUCUUCCGCCCCUGAAAAAUUUUUGAGCAAUCUCUUGCUCACUCUGCCUCUCAAACUUGGUUUAUUUAAAGGAUUUGCAGUGAUGUAUAAAGAAUAAUCCUAUAUUUAAUUCUUAACUAUAUGUAUGACUGAAUAACCAUCACUAUAGUUAAUCAGUGAAUAUUGAAGUUGUAUGGCCAAAGUUGAUAGUUACAAAGAUCUGUAAUGUGAUGUGCAGGUGAAAAUUUGGGACUUUUUAAACCUGUAAAUCAUUGGUGAGAAGCUUUAAGUACCAACUGUGAGAGCAAAGGUUACCACUGAACCACUGUCUAGAGAUACAUCAUAGCUGUGGUUUACAAACAGCAUUUUCAAGAUCAAGUCUGUCCCCAAGAGUGGCUUUCAAAGGGCCUAACUGUAUCUGUGUUGCUCCAUGAGUCCUUAUCUCUUCAGGUUUGUCACCUAAUGGAAAUAUUUUGGUAAUAAAUCCAAGUUGUGAGCCCCUUACUAGGCCUAUGUGCAAGCCAUCUCGUUCUAGGAAGCCUGUGUCUGAGUAGAGAUGGAGGUCUCCAGCAGACCAGCUACUGGAUUUCCACGUUCUAAUGACCCUGAUCGCAUUCCUCCCAAAACACAUUCGCUUCCUCUCUUGUCCUGCCGCUGACUUCUGUGCAUUUCGCUGUCCAGUUAAGAUUUUACAAAACAGGUGCACUUCUACAAUCCUUAUUUUUCUAUCGAAGGGUGAAAAUGAGAAUAUUUCUAUUCAGGAUAUUGGUUUUCAUGCCUCUUGUAAAAAGCCCAUUUGUCU